GCAACGAGCAGCAGAGACAAAAACACGGAGAAGAAGAAGAAGAAUGGUGAACUUCAGGCGGUUUGUGGUGUUUUCCUGUGGGAUUCUGGUUCUUCGGUUCACAGCAUCAGCCGCUCAGCUGUUCACCUCCAUCAUAGUCAGACCUGGAGGUGAAGUCACUUUACCUUGUGAAAACGUGGUGGAGGAAAACUGUGCCAGCACCACGUGGCUCUUCGGUCGCUCACCGCUGAGUCCGUCUGCGGUGCUGGUUCUCCCUGGGCGUGUGGUCGUUUCCAGGACUGAACCGGAGCGACUACGCGUCACAGCCAACUGUUCUCUGGUUCUCAAGGAGGUCACGGAGGAGGAUGUCGGUCGCUAUGGCUGCAGAAACGCCCACACAUCCAAAGACUCUCAGGUUGAACUGUCUGUCAUCAACAUCAAUACACAGACGAUAAGAGACGGCAAGAAGGUGAAAUUGACGUGCUCUGUGACGACGUACGGAAACUGCAGCCUCACAGUCAAGUGGCUCCACUUCAAGACAGAAGAGGAUAAAGACAAUAAGGACAUGAAGAUUUCCGACUCUGCAUGUUUGUCCACUUUGGCAUCUACACCUCAUCAUGUGAUGUACUCCCUGAGGAAGUUUCUGACUUGUGAAGUGACAGAUCGUCGCACUCACAAAGUGGAAUUGUUUACAUUCAACCCUGAGUCAACAGGAAAAAACAAAUCAGAAACUGAAAACAAGGAGAGGAAACCACCACUAGAGGAUCCUCAGCAGCAGCUGCAGCUGCAGUGGUGGUGGUACUUUGCUCUGGCUGUCGUGGUUUUAGCCGUUCUCUUACUAAGCGCCGUCGCCCUCGUCAUGUGGAUGAGAAACAGAGGAAACAAAAGCAAGAUGGAAGAAACCAUGGCUGAUCCCGGAGAUGCUGUUGCUUACGCCUCCAUCACCCUCCCCCCUGGCAUCAGCUCCCAGAUUCGGGGUGGUGAUUGUAAAGUGACCUACAGCACCGUGAAUCUUUCCUUCUCUCCUGCAAGGAACUCCGCGGCUGAGCCCGGCAACCUUUACGCUACCGUCAACAAACCACACAAAUAACACGUACAUCAUCCGUAUCGUUAUGUUUCAUAUCAAUAUUUGUAAUUAUUAUGAUAACUCUCUGAGCUUGGAAAGAACUCAUUUACAAAGUAAACAUAGACUGAAUUUACCCAGGAUCAGAAUUCAAGCAUUCAUUCAAAAUAUAGAUUUAAAACAAGUUUUGUUUUUAUAAUUGUGUGUAAGUGUGUGUGUGUGUGUGUGUUAAUGUGUCUGUUGAGCCCCAAGGGGGAGCUAUAUGUCAAGUUCCUGCUGCAAUGAGAAAUAUCUAAAAUAAUAAUGAAAAAAAUACAAUAUAUAUUGUAUAUUUCAUUAUAUGUGUGUAUAUAAACAGACAGGAGAUACAAAUGAAUUAAAAAACCUGAUUUUUUUUUUUUUACAAAAUGUACCAAAAAAAUAAAUGAAAAUCAACAGAUGCAGCAGAAACGAG